AUGUCCGGAGCUGGGAAUCGAGAGGCUGUCUUCCCGACCCGUCAAUCCUUGGGAUUGAUGAAGUCGAAGCUCAAGGGAGCCCAGACUGGUCACGAUCUGCUGAAGAGAAAGAGUGAAGCUCUCACUAAACGGAUCGACGAAGCAAAACGUAAGAUGGGCAGAGUGAUGCAAAUUGCAGCAUUCUCGUUGGCAGAAGUCACCUAUGCAGUGGGAGGAGAUAUCGGAUACCAGGUGCAAGAGUCCGCGAAGUCAGCCCGAUUUCGAGUACGAACGAAGCAAGAGAAUGUUUCUGGUGUAUUUCUACCAGCUUUCGAAAGCUAUACUACGGACGGAAACAACGACUUUGGCUUGACUGGUCUAGGAAAAGGUGGACAGCAGGUACAGAGAUGUCGAGAGACGUAUGCGAGGGCUGUGGAGACUUUGGUCGAGCUUGCGAGUUUGCAGACUGCGUUCGUCAUUUUGGACGAGGUUAUCAAGGUGGUUAACAGGAGAGACAUCAACUCCGAGUUGGAUGAGCUGGACAGAGAAGAGUUUUUCCGUCUAAAGAAGGUCCAGAAUAAGAAGCAAAGAGAUACGGCUGCCCAAGAUGCCGAAAUGAGAGUGAAGAGAGAAGCCGCAGAAAAAGCAGAGGCAGCGAGCGGAGCUACCAGUAGUGACAAGGAGAACGAAUCCGGCACGGGUGAUAUCUUGGGCGAGUCAGAAGAUGCAGAUGUCAUUUUCUAA